AUCUCCGCAUACUUUUACUUGCAAUUUCUUUUUAAUUGACAACUCCUCAAAGCUAAGGCCCUUUUUUAAAACAUCUAGGUACGUCAGGCCAUACAUAUCAAAUUUCGUAAAUCUAUUAAAAUUUACAACCACUGUUUGAUAAAGUAGUUUAUAUUAUUGUGUAUUGAUGGACCUAUUUAAUAAUUACUAUUUACAUAUUGUUAUAAGUAAUUCAAGCAGAUGUAAGCGUAAAUUCAAAUGACCCUCUAUUCAAAGCCAUGUUCGAUUUACAACGGUAUCCUUUAAACCUUUGACUGGUCAUCGAGUGCAGAGAGCUCAGUGUGAAAAUCUCUCGAAUAAUGGCUGAAUUUCUUUGAAAUCCAGUGCACGCUGAGUACAGUGUGUUGACACAGCUGAUCCGUUUCUUGUGUCUAUCGAAAAAAUCGAAUACUUUAUGUUAAAAAUGGUAUUCUAAAAUCGAAUACUUUAUGUUAAAAAUGGUAUUCUAAAAUUUAAAAGUUAAUUUUCAUGUUCUGCUAAUUCUAUAAUGUAACUAUUAAACAUAUAAAAUAUAUAAUCAGUAGAUUAAUAAGGAUGUGUAGCUGAUAUCCUUGAUAUGCUUAGUCACAUGUUUAAUGGGUAAUGUUGUUAAUUGUACAUGCCACUCUGCUAGUGGAAGGACACUUGAAAUUACGCCUGGAGUCUCCUUAAUAUUUGCUUUCAAGUCAUAAAGUAACAUGCACGAGCUAUGAGUUUACGGUGGGAGAAGAUACAGAAAUAAACUUCUUAAAUGAAAAUGAAUUUCUCAAUAUAUUUUGUUAUAAAUCUUUCUUAUAACAGAAUUGACAUAAUUCGACCCAACUGAGCUCAAUUUGGUAAAUUUAUUGAUAAAACAUCAGCAAGAGAGAAAAUCCCAAAAACAGUAUAGAAGAAACUAUUUACUUGUCUCAAACUCUAGUUUUCCAAUCAUUGUUUCAAUUUAAAAUAUAAAUUCUGCUCGGUCAAAUAGUUAAAGUUUGAAAUAUCAAAGGCUUGGAAACUGUUUAGAUUUUGAGGCGACUAAUAAUUUUUUUUUUCAAUCAUAGAUAGUUUAAACAGAUAAAAUAAUAAACAGUCGAUUAAGAAAAAUUAUAAAACUUUUUUUGGGACGCCCUACUAACAGACGUCAUUUUGACACCAUGUUAUUUAUUGUUCCCUAGAGGAGGUAAAAGGGGGGGGGGGUCUUUUUUAGUAUAUAAACCUAAAAUAUUGGAUUUAUAAUACAGUUCCUUGGCAUGACUUCUACCGUAAAUACCCAGAGGAUCUCAGCUUUACUGUUUCUGGUAUUUUCAUUUCUAGAUGUAAUUAUCUGCAAUGAGGAAACAGUCGCGCAAAUAGGUCCGGAACAUAUGGUGGACGAUAGGGGAAAUUAUAUUCCGUUCGGUUUCUGGUUCCGAGGGAAUCCCUUGUUUCCAGAAUCUGGUCCUAAUCCUAAAAAGUCUCUCAGUUCUGGAAGAAGUAUACGAGCAAUUCCAGGCAGUUUUGAUGAAAUGCUCCAGGUGAACAGUCCACUAGACCAGGCUGACCAAGGGUGGAACAAGGGUGGUGACCAGGUUGACCAGCGGGUGGCCUGGAACAAGAGCAGUGACCAGGUUGACCAGCGGGUAGCCUGGAACAAAGCCAUUAAACAACAAAUGGUUAUUUCAUCUAUGAUCAGGUUAUUUUUAGUUUUAUAUAAAGGAUUACAAAAAGUAUAA